AGAGCCUGAAUCGAGAAGUAUGUGACGUAACAUAAGGACAGGAAGUUUUUCUGAAGUGUGAUUUUUACUAUAAUUUCUACUUCAUCUACUACGGCUCUGCAUCAAAAUGCCUGAUAGAUGUGCAGUUUUCGGCUGUUCAAAACGAGCAAAUUAUGCGGAAGGAAUUUCUCUUCACCGUAUACCAUUUUACGGUGAUGAGCGUCCUGAAGCGAAGCGAAGACGUAAAAUCUGGGUGAAUUUUGUUGCAAGAAAACGCGCUCGAUGGACACCGACUUCGUAUUCGGCUGUUUGUUCCGUUCAUUUUACUGAUGCGGAUUACGAAAAAUACAUGGUAGAAAUCCCAGGGACGAAGAAUUAUACACCAAGGCUGAAAAAAGAUGAUUUUGGAAUCACCGCUUAUCCAACAAUAUUUCUAAAAGAUGAUGAACCAAAAAAUCCUACACCUAGAGAGAAACGACGGGUAAAAGAUUUGGUGAGCGAAUCAUGCUCUACUUCAACUGAUAAUUUCAUCGAAGAAGAAAUCAUCACAGAAACGAUUGCAGAAGAACUCCCAAUUGAAAACACUUUAACCUCCGCAUCUAAAUUGGCUGAAAUCGAUAAAAUAGAACAGACCCAUCAAACAGUUGGCACCCAAACAUUGCCUGCAGAUUGUUCUGGUUGUUACAAUCUGCGAAAGCAGAACAAACGAUUAUCUGGGCAAUGGCUGUCAGCAAAACACAAGUUAAAAAAACUUAGAAAAGAAGUUGAGAGGGACUCCAGCAUUAACACUGCAAAUACUUCAUCAACACGCAGUGACUUUGAUCCUAGCUCAAACCUGGAAGAUGGGGAAACAGACAGUGUGGAUGAUGAUGAUUCUGAUGGUGAUGAUUUUGAUGUUGAAAUGGAAACAAGUACUGAUGACACAGAAGAUGAUGAAAAUUUUUUUGAUAAUAGUGAGAGUGUUCAUGAUGCUGAUGAAUACUCAGAACCAAUAAUCAACACUUCUGACAAUGUGCAAAAGCAGCAGAAAUACAUUGUCUUCUUGACACAGCUUCUUCUGUUGUUUAAAACAUGCAUGUUUUGUCAUGGAAAAAAUCCAGUGGUUCAUGUUUGUCAAAGUGGAACAAUGGUGACCAUAAAAACCAUGUGCAAAAAUGUUGAUUGUCGUAAAGAAUUUGUUUGGAAAAGUCAGCCAUUGAUGCCUGGUACGAAGAUUGCAGCUGGAAACUUUCUACUUUCAUUUGCAGUCUUAGUGGCGGGAUCUUCAGCUAGCAAAACAUUUCAAGCAAUGAAGCAUAUGGGACUGCAAGUUAUUUCACUGCCAACAUACUUUAGACAUCAGCAAAACAUUCUUUUCCCAUCAAUAUAAUUUUGGAGAAAGUACCAACAGAAACUGCUGAAAAAAACUAAAGAAUGUGGAUCAGUUGUUCUGGCAGGUGAUGGUCGUCAUGACAGUAUGGGGCAUUGUGCCAAGUACUGUGCCUAUACCGUCUUUUGUUGUUCCACGUCAUCCAUUAUUCACUUUUCCUUAGUUCAGAGAAAUGAAGCUGGCAGUAGUCCUGCUAUGGAAUACAUGGCAUUUAAAAACACCAUGGAAUUGCUAUCAAGCAGUGGCAUACAAUUAUCAACAUUUAUAUCUGAUAGACACAUAUCUAUCAGUAAACAUAUGAGGGAGAAAAUGGCACAUGUGAAGCACUAUUUUGAUUUAUGGCAUCUAAAAAAAGUAAGCUGA